AAUGAAGUUUUACCUGUUAUUACUUAAAAUGUUUUACUCAUUUUUAUUUUUCUUAAAUUUUAUUACUAUUUAUUUAUCGGACAAUGUAUUGACUCAAGAAUGGAUGAAAAGCAAUGAUGUUGUCUAUUACGGGCCAAAGUAUGUGACUGAAGGACAGACAUUUGAAAUAAUGUGUCAAAUGUCAAAGUUUAAAGCACCCAGGUGGACUAAAAAUGAAUUACCUACCGGUGAAUCCAAACGAUUUAGUUAUACUAAUAAAAUAGGCAUUGAAAUGACCAGAAUUGAGGUCAUCAAUGUGUCCAAUGCCAGCGCACAAGACUCGGGUUACUACCGAUGCAAUAGUUUUAGUCGAUCUUAUCAUCAAAUUAGUGUCAUUACCUCUGAACCCAUUCCUAAUACGGAGGAGACUUCAACCACAGCUGAUAUACUGUUCAAUGAAAUCAAAGAGGAUUACACAACAAUUACUUUGAAGUGUCCGCUACUGUAUGACACCACACAAGACACCGAAUUUUUCUGGUAUAAAAAUAACAUAAAUAUAGUGAAUGAUGAAAGAAGGACUGUUGAAAAAACACAACUAAUUAUAAGGAACGCCACGAGUGCUGUCGAUGCCGGAGAUUACAUGUGUAGGGCUGAGACCAUAUCACAGUUGGGUGGUUCACAAUUUGGACAAAUCAUACAACUUAGAGCACCCAUUAGGAUAAAACCCUUUACACGGUCUCAAAAUGUCAUGUUAGGCCGUCCAUUCACAUUACAGUGCAAUUAUACAGGUUAUCCGGUCGGAAAAAUACAUUGGCUUAUCGGAAAUGAAAAAAUAAGUUCAAUCAAGUUAUCUGAGUUGGGAAUCGAGAUUAAGCCAAAUACUGACUCACAUCCCGAUGCCGUACUUGUGGUUAGAAAUGCCACUCAAUUGCAUACAAAUUCAUACACUUGUGUUGUAAAUAAUAGAUUCAGUGAAGAUGAGAGAUCUGUUAUUAUUACAGUUAGAGAUCGGCCGGUCAAUGGUCAGUCACCGCUCAUUUUGGCCGAGAAUCGGGAGCUAAUACUUGGCUGCAAUUAUACCGAUUCCGAAGGACGACCUGUUAUUAUCAGUUGGAAAUGGUCUAAAGACGGCAUAAACUAUGAGGACUUUGACGAAGAAGACAAGAAACGUAUGAAAAUUGAUGAAAGAGACCAUUCAUUGAUUAUCUCAAAAGGCAAUAAAGUUGAUAUCGGUAACUGGAGGUGUACUAAUCCAAGUGAUGAACAACAGUUCUUAAUAAUUAUUGUCAGAGCUAAGCCAUAUCUGUAUCCUUUCGAGGAAUUUCAGAAAACCAAUUACAAGUCGGCAAAUAUUAUUGAGGGACAAAAGUUUGAACUAAAAUGUGAAAUAAUUAGUGAUUAUAAUAGAGACGCGGGUGUUAUGUGGUAUAAGUAUAAUGAAAAUGAGCAUGAUCAUUUAAAUAAAGAAAUGCAAUCAAUUGGCAAAUCAGAGAGAAUACAAAUCAAAGAAUUCAAUGUUACAUCUUCUUUGUUAACCAUUUCAAAAGUGAUUCCUUCGGAUCGAUUCUAUUAUGUCUGUAUUGCUGAUAACGGUGUCACCACUUUUAAUAACACUAUUUUACUUCGUGUUAAAGAUAAAUUGGGCGCUUUGUGGCCAUUCUUGGGAAUAGUGGCCGAAGUGGUAAUUCUUUGCACAAUUAUAUUCAUUUAUGAAAAACGAAGAAUCAAACCUGAUUUCGAUGACUCGGACGACAACACUGAACCGAAGGCAACUCAAGACAGAACGUCUAGUAAAUCACAAGAUGUGAGACAACGAAAAUAAUUAGUCAAACAAUUUAUAAUUUAGUGAUUCAAUUAUAUUUUAGUGAUAUAUCUUUAGUUGUUUUAAUUACUUUAUAUAGUUAUGAAUUUAUUAUUAAUAUUCUUAUUAUUAUUACUUAAAUUACUAUCCAUUAUAUGCUCUCACAUGUCCUCUAGACUUGAUUGUAAUUUACAAUAUUAAUACAUUUGACUUAUUCAACUUUGCCUCUCAUUUUUGACAAUUAUACAGUAUAUAAAAUUUAUAUAAAUUUGUUUUUUAGACUAUAAAGUGUUUACUUAUAGUCAAAAAAAUAUCGUUUCAUUUCAUUAUUUAAACAAUUUCUGUGUUAUUAUAUAUGCUCUCAGAGUCAUUGACAGUCUUGUUGUGCAUAAUGUCAAUGAAAAGCAGAUUUAAUAUUUAAUAAAUUAAAGUGCAAUUUAAGUGCAAUCAUAACUAUAGUCUAGGCCUUUGAUUUGUUAGUCAAAAGUAAAUAUAAUUCUCUUUUAAUUUUCACAAAAAAUCGUUUUUAAUUAUGAAAUCAAUUUUACAAUUAUUUACAUAUUAUAGCCGUAUAAGCAAUUAAUUGAUAGGAUAUAAUAAUUACGGUAUAUAUAAAAACAACUUACGGUACAUAUUAUUAACAAAUGCGAGAUUAAACUUACCAAACAUACCAUUUAUUUGUAAUUAUAAGUUAUAAUAUACAUUAUAAUACUAUUGUUGAUUGUUUUAAUUUUGCCAACAUUUUAAUCUUUUGUAAUCAUAGACUUAUUAAAAUAAAAAAUAUAAUAUUAAUAAACGUUUAAU